UAGGCUUGACUUGUUUCAGCAUUCAAUCAUUUGUUUUUAAAGUGUAAUGGAUUUUUGGAUUUGUAUAUCAAUAGUUUGAGGGAUUACAUUUACAGCUCAGGACAAAGGAAUGAAAUAUUUGUAUUUCAAUUCAAUUUGUCAUGUUUAAUACAUUCUGAUGGCAUCAAACACACUUGCAUUUCAAAAAUGAAAAUGUGUUUGUAAAACUGCACGAUUGUUUUAAGCUAGCGGACUAUAUAGAUGGAAUGUAGAGGAUCGUGUCGAAACAAAAUCAAAAGAGUGAUACUGUCUUAUAUUUAAUCAAGAGAAUCGAGUCGUCUCAACAAGACAGAUUGUUGUCAAUACAAAAGGCACGAUCGAUUGAGAUGGUCGUCAGCUGUAAACUUUGAUUUUAGGAUUAUUUGGCACAACUCGACUGUAUCUUGGCGUCAAGUUGAAUGAAAUUCAAAGCUCAAGUUGGUAAAAUUAGUCCAAGCUGCUAGCAGUCAUGACAUUGGAAGAUCGUAUUGCAUCGGCAUUGAAGAAUGCAUUGGAUAUUCAUACUACUGCAGAGUCGAUAGAAACAGGAACAUUGACAGUCUACUCUAUAUGUACUGCACCAACUGCCGAUACGACACUAUUUCAACCUGCCAUCAAGGAUGACCAUUGCAUGACUCGUAAAGAUCGACUAGUGUUUGUGGGCUAUUCUCCACAUGCAGCACAGGAGAGUUUCCAACUCAUGUUUGCAUUCUGUGUGUCCGAAUAUUCCACUAAAACAGCUCUCAUUGUCAACAUGGAAAAGAUUGACACAACUGGCAUAACACCAAUCAAUAUUCCAGUAGCAUCGACAUCCAUCAAGGCAUAUAUCAACCACAUUCUACUCACAACUCCUGUAUCUACAUCUAUCCGUAUUCAUGUCUUUGCUAGAUCGCAGUCUCAGUAUCUUUUUCCAGGCUCAAAACAUAUUCCAUCCAAACGAAUUCGCACUGAUACACAACUGGUGCAGUGGUGGAUGCGAGUGUUGGCCGACUCUGCAUCUCUUGGCAGAUGUGACAAUCAGACAAAACUGUUGUGGGUCGUACCAGGAGAAACAUCGACUAGCACUACAACAACUCGCAUUCUUUCAUCCAGUAAUACAUUGUGGACUUGGGGAUUGGGAGCCGAUUCGCAUAACCGACUGCCACUAUUUCCAGACGAUCCAGUUACAAAGGCUUGUGGUAUGGUUCAGUCUAGUGCAGGAGAUAUUGAUCCUACUGCUGUGAUGGACAUUCUUGGUGUAUUAGGUGAAUGUCAAAGUGUAUGUGCUUUGCUAUGUUUAGAAUCUAUUCCACAGAAUACUUCAAACCAGACCUGCGAUACUUCCAUCAAAGUAAACAAUGCCACUCAAGACGAGUUAAAUGCAUUGAUGAAAUUGUGGAUGACAAUGGAUUUUUCUAAUGUUGAUGCAUGCACCAGGUCUAGUACAAAGUUAAUCAAGUAUGUUCAAAGCACACUUGGCAAUGUGGGUUUAGCUCAUGUCGAUGUUACUGUUGCUGGUAAAUCUGAUUCCAAAUUGAACGUUUCUGUAGCAUCCAAUUCAACCAAUACAGUCCAAAGCAUACAGGGACUGGUGAAACGACAUGCUCCAGCAGAAGCAAUUACCACACCCAUCAAAACCCUCAGUGCAAACUUGAUCAAGCGUCAAAAACAAUAA